AUGCCUCGCCAGAGAACCUCUGCUCGUCAAUCGAGUGAAGCCCCCUCCGAAACCUCCUCCUCUACCUCUCCGGAACGUGCCGCCGACGAUGACACCGACUUUUUCAUGGCCCAGGCCAACGAUUCACAAUCCUCGAUCGGCGUAGCAAACUUCCGCGAGGUUCACGUGCAGAGCUCUCGAUCGGUCUCGGUGCCACCGAUCGGUCGCCUCCCACCCGAGAUCUUGAUCGCGAUCUUCUCAAAAUUGGCCCUACCCAAAGAUAUGCUGGCCUGCAUGCAGGUAUGUCGGAACUGGGCUGCCAACUGCGUCGGGAUACUCUGGCAUCGGCCAUCCUGCAAUAACUGGGAUAACCUGAAGAGCGUGGCCUCGUCUGUUGGCAAGCCAGAUAGUCUCUUUACAUAUGCCGACCUCAUAAAGCGACUUAAUUUGUCUGCUUUGAUGGCGGACGUCAGCGAUGGCACAGUCGUCCCGUUCGCCCAAUGCAAGCGCAUUGAGCGCCUGACGUUGACGAACUGCUCGAAACUCACUGAUAAAGGCGUGUCGGAUUUGGUAGAUGGGAAUCGACACUUGCAAGCGCUGGAUGUAUCGGACUUGCAAUACUUGACCGACCAUACAUUAUAUGCGGUCUCAAGGAACUGUCCGCGCUUACAGGGUCUCAACAUUACUGGGUGCGCAAAGGUUACGGACGACUCAUUGCUUGUUGUCUCGCAAAACUGUCGUCAAAUCAAAAGGGUAAAACUUAAUGGCGUUGUACACGUCACAGAUCGGUCGAUCAUGUCCUUCGCCGAGAAUUGUCCAGCUAUUCUGGAGAUUGACUUACAUGACUGCAAACUUGUGACAAGCCCAUCAGUAACGUCAUUAAUCACCACGCUACGACACCUUCGAGAGUUACGCCUCGCUCACUGCAUCGAGAUCGACGACUCCGCCUUUUUGCAUCUGCCAGAACACCUGACAUUUGACAGUCUACGCAUCCUGGACCUAACAGCGUGUGAAAAUGUCAAGGAUGAUGCCGUCGAGCGCAUUGUGAAUGCCGCUCCUCGUCUUCGAAACCUGGUUUUGGCCAAGUGCCGUUUCAUCACGGACCGUGCAGUACUUGCAAUCUGCAAACUGGGAAAGAACCUACACUAUGUCCAUCUGGGCCAUUGCUCUAAUAUAUCGGAUGCCGCCGUCAUUCAACUGAUCAAGUCUUGCAACCGAAUUCGCUACAUUGAUUUGGCAUGCUGCAACCGGCUGACAGAUCAGAGUGUGCAGCAAUUGGCUACUCUCCCCAAGCUCCGCCGUAUCGGUUUGGUUAAAUGCCAAGCUAUCACUGAUCUCAGCAUCUUGAGUUUGGCAAACCCCCCAAGAAGUGGCCACCCAUCCGUUAGCAACUUGGAGCGUGUGCAUCUCAGUUACUGUGUCAGCUUGAGCAUGGAAGGAAUCCGACCUCUGAUUAAUAACUGUCCCCGCCUUACCCACCUCAGUUUGACUGGUGUGCAAUCCUUCCUGGAACCAGAACUCACAGCCUUCUGCCGAGAGGCGCCACCAGAAUUUACGCAGCAACAAAGAGACGUAUUCUGCGUCUUCAGUGGCGACGGCGUCACUCGGCUCCGCGAUCAUCUCAACCAAAAACCACAGCAACACCAAGAAGAGGCCACCAUGUACGAUGAUGACGAAGAAUUGGACGAAGACGAAGGGCAAAUGACUGGAUUGAUGCAUGCAACGGGCAUCAGUGACGACGACUAUAUCAAUGUGCCUGCCCAUGACUGA